CUCAAGCAUGGCGGUGACAAGAAGGAGCUAACAGAAACAUACAAAUGCGUUAAAGUUGAUAAAAUUCUUUUUUUUAAUUUUUAUUUUGGGAAAAUGACUUCCAAGGACACUGGCACUUCUCAGCAUGCGCUAAUUUAUCUGAUUUAUCGACAUUUAAAGGAGAAAGGAUUCAAGAAAGCCGCCAGCGCGCUCAAAACACACGCUGCUCAGGUUGAAACUACGAAUGUGAGUGUGUCACUUGAUGAUAUAUUCAAGAAAUGGCUGAGUGAAGCACAGGAUGAGAAGAGUGAUGAAGGAAAAGAUCCCAAGACAAGUUCAGUGCCAAAACCAAAUGCAGCACAGUACAACAGCGCUGAGAAGAAGGGAAAAUCCAAGACACCAACUGCAGCCAGAAAUCAGAAAAGGAAAAGAACUGAAACGAAGACACGCAAACGUUCCAGUGCGGUGGAAAGCCAGACAAUAGAACAUGGCUCUGUACGUCCAACAACAGGAGAAGACUCGGAUUCAGACUCCAGUCUCGACGUUGAGAAAUGGAAGAGACUGGCCUUACAGCUAUCAGAUGCUGACAUUGCAAAGAUGGAUGCUUUUAUGAACUUCAGCACAUCUACUGCCAAGUCCACAAAGAAGCGAAAGCCAGCACAACCUAAAAAAAAACAAGACCAAACAAUAGGAAAUGGCAAACUUUCACCCAAGAAAGAUAAAGCUAAAACUGCUGCCAGCCCCACAAAAACAGAUAAAGUUAAGACUCCUUUAAAGCCCACAUCUUUUAGCAUUUGUGAAUCAGAUAAAGUUAAAACUCCAUCUAAUAAAGCUGUCUUUGCAGAACCUAACGUAAAGUGUCCUGAAAGUAAAACUACUACCAGUCUUUCAGAUCAGCUUGCGACCCCUAAGACAGUAAGUAAUGACUUUUCAGAGGGUGACAGAACUAAGGCUAAACGCAAAAAAAAGCAUAGCCUUUCGGAAUGUCAUGAUAUGGAAACUCCAAGUAAAAAGGCUGAGACUGAGAAAAUAGAUAUCUCGGAACCUAAUCCAACUGAUACUCCAUGUAAGAAAACAAAAUCAAAGAAAGAUGUUAAAGUUGCAAAACAUGGAUGUGUAGAAACUCCUAAGGUUGCCAUUCAGACGACAUCGUGUGGUUUAGAUUCAACCGAACUGUCUGAAUCAAACAGGUCAAAACAAUCUGAAUGCGUUUUACAUUCUAAAGCUAAGAAGGCUAAAUCAAAAAAAGGUAAAAAUGUGGCGCCUGCAGGUGGAGAUACCACCAUACAAACUUGCACUGAGGAUGCCACUGAGUCCCUAACAUCAGACCAGUCAAAAAUAAAUCAGGUUUCAGAUUUUAACCCACCUGAGACUCCCUCUAAGAAAGCUAAAUCGAAGAAAUCAAAGAAAUCUAAGGAACCUCAGGAACCUGGAGAUAUGACCAAACUUUCUGGAGAAUGUCAGAUCAAGGUUGACAAUCACCACUCCAAAUCGCAUCAGACUGAGACCCUGUCCACACCAGUUAGAGAGGCUAAAAGUGUUGUGGGGUCUGAACUGGUUAAGAAACGGUCUAAGAAAGCUAAGAAAAGCUUAUUCGAGCCAAAUGGGACUGAAACGCCAUCUAAGAAAAUAGAAACCCAAGCAGCUACCAGCAUCUCAGAACCUCUCAAUUCAGUGACGCCGUGUAAAAAGUCUAAAACCAAGAAAGGUUCAGAAGUCAAUCGGGUUGAUUCUCUUGUUAAAAAAGCUGUUGUGGAUGUUGGCGAAGGUGAGGCCACAAAAAGCAGUUCUUCAAAACCAGAUAAUACUGAUAACCUUUUAAAAAAGAGUAAAAGAAAGAGAGCUGACCACUCUGGAGAAAACAUGACGACUUCAGUAACAGAACAUGUAUCUGAAUGUGACGAUUCGGGAGUGGACCGUAGCCUCAUACCUACCGGAAACAGUACCGAAAGUCAAGGCCAAGAAAGUGUUUCAGCAGGGGAGGUGGAAGGAACUCCAGAGCCAAAAAAGAGAAAGAAAAACAAAAAAGAUAAAGAGAAGAAAAAUGAGAGUGAUGAAAAUGUUGAAGAGGUUCCACCAACACCACCAGCACCACUAGCAGAGGAGUUUGCAGAUUCCUUGCCAAGCAGUCAGAAGAAAAAAAAGAAGAAAAAACAGAAACAUAGAGAUGAGGAAAUCCCAUCUGUGUCCACUCCCGCUCCUGAAGAAGACUCUCCAAAAAAGAAAAAGAAAUCUUCAAAGGAGAAGGAACAUGCGGAUGUGUAAGAACAGGGACUCAAUUAAAAGCAAGAGCUGAUCCAGCUUGGAAAUAACAUGGACAUAAAAAUAACGUGAACUUGAAAUACUGUAAAUGCCAUCCUACAUUUGUUGAUGGUGUCUGUGACAGUAUUGAUGAUGUCUGGACAACACAAGCUUGUGGAGAUUCUUAUUGUUUGAUGUAUGUCAACUUUUAUGUUUUAUUUUAAAUGCCAUUUUUAUAUAUGCCUUUUAAUACAUGAGUUGAAGGUUA